AUGAGUGCAGAGCUCUCGGCUGCGGAUCUCGAGGGAAGCCAGGGGCCGGGCAUUGUUGCGGCGAAUCUGGUGGUAGCGAUAUUGGCUACCAUUGCCGUGGCCUUACGGUUUUCCUCACGAAGAGUGCAAGGUCUGGGGUUCCAGGCGGAUGACUACUUGAUUCUUUUGGCCUUGCCCCUCGGUUGGGGAAUGUGCGUUUGCACCCUGCUCGUCUCGAUUCUCCUGCUCUACUUCCGCAUAUUCGGGCGUCUACGCUACCUGCGCCUCCUUGCCUACAUCCUUGGGAUUUUCUCGAUAUGCUGGGCCAUCAUGGUCGUGCUAGUCUGCGCUUUCCAGUGCCGGCCGCUCGCUCUCAUCUGGGACAAGACUGUUGAUGGUACCUGCAUCAAUGCUCCCCUCUUUUUCAUCCUCGGCUCCGCACCAAACGUCAUUACCGACUUUAUGGUCCUCGCAUUACCUAUGCCGGCCGUAUGGCGCCUCCAGACAACGACGAUGCAGAAGAUCUCGUUGACAGGGAUUUUUCUCCUGGGUUCAUUAACCUGCGUGAUAAGUCUUGUCCGCUUCGUACAAUUAAUUCAGAAUGACGACAACCAAGACGUGACAUGGGCCCUAGGCUACGUCUCCAUCUGGUCUACCGCCGAGCCCUGCCUCGGUAUAGUCGCCGCUUGCCUCCCCACCAUGCGCCCUCUGGUCCGCAAAUUCGCUUCGAGCUGGCUUGGUGGAUUCCCCAGCUCGAACAGCAAGGGCGGCGGCAGCGACCACUCCUCCUCCGGCCUCCUCGGCAAAGUCAUCCACUCACACAAAUUUUCUUCCAAUUCAACGACCAAGCAGACUAGUGUUGCUAUUAGCGAGCGGAACAGUGAUAGCGCCCGGAACCUGAAUCAUGCCGGCGGCGGUAGCAUGGAAACGUGCAUCACGACGGGAGAGGUUAGGAGGGAUUGUGAGCCGGAUACUAGGGCGAAGGGGAAGCCGGUGAAUGGGAUUGAGGUGGAGACGAGUACGAGUUGGUUGAGUGGGAAAAGGGAGGAAAAGGGUGGGGUGGUGGGCAUGGCAAGGGAAGAGAGUAGGUAG